GUGGGCCAAUCCGCGGCCUCUGACACGAAAAGUAAGAGGAAGUCCCGCCCCCGCCUCCCGUCGAACCGGAGCCCGCCUGGAGAAGAACCGUGAGGACUGUUCCGUGCUCCGCUGUCCUGUUCCGCGGCUCCAGCAGCAGCAACAUGGAUACAGAACUGUUCAUGGAGUGUGAGGAGGAGGAGCUGGAGCCAUGGCAACAGGUGGAUGACAGCGUGGAGGAAGACGAGAUGGACUUCACCGACACCUACGGAGAGCCAGUUGAAGAUUCUCCGUCUCCUCUUCCUGCCUGUGAGACUCCACCCCCCAAAACUCCGCCCCCCGUCACGCCUGCUCCGUCAGCGAUGCCUCCUCCUCCUCCUCCCCCCUCUGUCACCUCCUCCUCUCUCCCCCGCCUCACCGCCCCCUCCUCACCUGCCGUCUCGGCCCCACCCCUCAUGGCUCAAGCUCAGCCUCUCAUCCUGACGCAGACAGCAGGAGGGACGUUUCUCCUCCCAGCAGCCCCUGGGACAGGAAACGCCCAGCCCAUCCUACUCACCACCCAGGGGUUCCCGGUGCAGACGGUGAUGAAGCCUGGUACUCCUCUGCUCCUGAACCUGCAGCCGGGUCAGACGGUCCAGCCGCUCACCCUGAUCCAGUCCUCGUCCUUGGGUCAGUUGGUACGUCCCAGUGUGGGUGUGUCCCCCGUCCUCCCCCAGGGUCAGACUGUCCAGACCAGACCGUGCCCCACCCCUUCCAGAGGCCCUGCCCAUCCCGGCUCCGCCUUCACUGCCAUGCAGCUGCCCGCCACGCUGACGAUCCGCACCAGCACUCCAGGACCCGUUAACCUCCAGAUGACCCAGGUGGGCAGAGCCAACCUGAAGCUGGCAGGUUCUCCUGCCCUCCCCUCUGGGUCGGCCAAUGGAGUCACCAGAGUCACAACGUUCAGCAGCAGCAAGACUCCUGGCUCCACCCCCUCCAUCACCUCCCCCGGUGUGACCUCAGCGCCGACCUCCGACCCCCCCCGGGUGGUGAUGAGCGUGGAGGAGUUCUACUACGGAACGUUUGAAGGUGACCUGAGUCUGAGGAAACCACAGCCUCUGGGAAUCAAGACCUCCACCUUCACCUGCCAGAUCUGCACACACCUGGCUGAGAACAACCUGAGGUUGAUGCAGCACAUGCUCCAGCACUCGGAGCUGAUUGGAGGAGGAGGCGGCGAUGAGAGGAAGUGCUGCAGAUUCUGUUACCGACAGUUCUCGUCUCCGGCUCAGUUGCAGACCCACCAGGAGCAGGUGCAUGGCCCCGCCUUCUCCUCCAGUAUGUGUCGUAUUUGUGAGUGGGCGUUUGAGAACGAGCCGGCCUUCCUGAACCACAUGAAGUCCAACCACAAACCGGGAGAGAUGCCCUACAUCUGUCAGGUGUGUUCGUACCGGUCGUCCUUCUACUCAGACGUCCUGCAGCACUUUGCCAGCUUCCACAGAGACUCUCGCUUCCUGCUGUGUGUUUUCUGCCUGAAGGUGACGAGGAACCCCAUCAGCUACCAGCAGCACCUGCUGAGACACCAGAUCAACCAGGCCUUCCACUGUAACCGGUGUCGUCUUCAGUUUGUUUUCCUCAAAGACAAAAUGCAACACAAACUGGAAAAUCACCGCAGCUUCCGUCGACCCGCUCAGCUGGAGGGACUGCCGCCGGGGUCAAAGGUGACCAUCAGGACCUAUGGGAAGCUCAAGCCUCUGAUGACAUCAGCAGGUGGGCGGCUCCUCCAGACCCCAUCCUCGCUCAUCCAGCCGAUCCACAUCAAGACGGAGCUGCUGAAGUCUCAGGUCCAGAGAAACUCUGCCCUCCCCAAGUGCCCCCGUCCCUCCACCAAGAGACCGGUCAGCCGCAGAGUCCACGUCAACAGGACCUGGUCACCUGACGGAGACCAGUUGGUGUGUCUGGAGUGUGGAACCGAAGCCUCCGACUUCUCGGCUCAUUACCCGACUCACGUCCACUGUCUGCUGUGUCCGUACAGCAGCUGCUGCUCCAGAGCCUACGCUGCCCACAUGAUACAUCAUCACGUGCCGCGCUCCAAAGACAAAACUCUUCCUCUGCACAAACACCCUCCUCCAUGCCGGUUCCUGCUCCUCUGCUCCGACUGUGACUUCAGGCCUCAGUCGGCUGAUCAGAUGGCCGAUCACCUGCUGACCAACCCGGAGCACCACAGCGCCACCUGUCGCACCCGGACGUACACUGAACCUGACAUCCAGUUCUGCCACGAUGAAGAGCAGCAACCCUCAGAAGAGAAGGAACCAGACCAGGACAAGAACUUGCCUGAUCCGUCCUGGAGGUCUGCAGAUUGUUGGAAACAGCCGACAGAGAACGACUGUGCCAAGUCCACCAUUGCCCCGUUCAUGCAGGACAGCGGGCCUCGUCACUACCUGGCCAGGAACAGCGACGCCAUCGACUUCUUCAACCUGCUCUUCCCAGGAGCGCUGGUGGAGCUGAUAACCAACGAAACCAACGCCCAUGCCAAAACCUGCCAGUUCCUGGGUUUCGGUUACCCAGACUGGGUCCCUGUCACCACACAUGAGAUCAAAGGUUUCAUCGGUCUGGUCAUUCUGAUGGGGAUCCAGAACCUGCCCGACCCAUCACACUACUGGUCCUGGAGUCAUUACGACAACAGCUACACCUUCUACAGAGCCAUGAGCUUCAAACGUUUCAAGCAGAUUGCUACCAACAUCCGUAUGGGCAGCUUCGCCACAGAUGAGCAUCGAGGAACCAGCAACCCACGGGACUCGCUGCACAUCUUCAGACCGAUGCUGGACAUCCUGGGUGGAGCCAUGUGGACCACUUAUGAACCGAACUGUUGUCUGACCAUCGACAGGGCGCUGCUGCCCAGCCUGGAGGAGGAGAGCUGCCGUGCUAAAGGCAACCCAAAAACCCAGCCUCAGGUGUGGCUGCUCUGUGACUCCAAGUCAGGCUACUGCCAUCGCCUCUUCAUCCAGGUGGGGGAGAAGGUGGGCCAGGAGCCGGGCUUCACUGUGGUGCCAGAGCUGGUGAAGGGUCUGGAGGACAAACACCACCAGCUCUACCUGGCCAGCUCCCUAACUUCUGUCCCACUCAUGCAGAAGCUUCUGGACCAGGGCAUCUAUGCCUCCAGCUCCUUUCCUCCACCCAACCCCAUCCUGCCCAGAGAGCUGUGGGAGGAGGGCCAGCUGGAGAAACCUGGGGACUUCCUGCAGAGGCAGUUUGGACCCCUGCUGGCCACCCGCUGGAGGGACACCAAAGAGAUGGGCUGCCUCUCGACUAAUGCAGCUCCCGGUGAAUCGGACACUGUUUGGAGGAGAUCUCAGACGAAAGUGGGUGGAUUGGACCCCAUCAGUCGCCCCAUGGCUUUCCGCCUCCUGCAGGAGAACAUGCGAGGAGUCGACAUCUGCAAGCAGCUGCUGGCCUGCAACCCACUCGGAGGAGUCCCCCAGGACAGACACUGGCGCAGCCUCUUCUGGUUUCUGGUCAACCUGAGCAUUGUUAACGCCUUCAUUGUCCUGCGGGAGAGUCGCAAAGAGAACCCACCUGCCUGGGUCCAAGACGGCCUUUUUAUUCAGGUCAACUUCCGCAAGCGUCUGGGAAACCAGCUCGCCAAGUGUGCCCAGAAAUACUUUGAGACCAUGGAGAUUGCCAGUUCCCGAGGGAUGAGGGUGGAGGUGGCAGAUGAACCAGUUAAACAAAGACACAGGAUGGCAAAGAUCAGUGCCAUCUCCAAGAGGUGCAGGAACUGCAAUAUGAAGAGCAUCCGCCAUGAGAGCGUGUACGGUUGCAUCACCUGUAAGGCCAACCUCUGCAAACAGCCGUGCUGCUUCUGGGAGUUUCAUGGCCUGUCACCUCUAAACAAAGGAUCAACCAAAGUUGGAUUUCUCAAAGACAGAGUAAGUGGAGCCAUCGAGGUGGAGGAGGUUGACGACAACAUGGACGAGGCAAUGGCCCCAGUGGAGGACAUGGACUUUUCUGAUGAUGAGAGAAUGGAUGAUCUGGAUGACAUUGAUGAAGAAACUGAGGUUAUUCAGGAAGAAUUUAGACAAGAAAUUAAACGCCCAGUGUCUCAUCUGCCGUCAAUGACAAACAGCCACGCCCAACCAGCAGCCAUCUUGUCAGCCUCUAAAGAGCGUGAUGAUUUCCUCACCGCCCGUCAGCUGAGAAUUGCCUUGUUCGCUCUAUGUGACGGACUCCGCCAAGCCUCAAGGGUCUUUUCAACCGACACCCAGCUCAUCCGGAUGUGGCUGAAAGAGGCUAAGAAGCGUUUGAGGUACACUGAGCAGGAACAGAAGGUCCACAGCGACGGCAGGGAUCGCAUGGUGGCCUGGGUGCUCUCCAUGCGUGAGCAGCAGCUUCCGAUCACAGAGAGCAACCUCUUCCACAAAGCCUCCACCCUGAAGAAGAAGGGAGGUUUCAGCGACUCGUUCCGCAUCUCCUACGACUGGGCGGUGAGCUUCAUGCUGCAGCAGCGGCUGGGCAUACGGACUGUCGGCACAGCAGCUACACUGACUCGAACCUUGCCGGCUUCUAUGGAGGCCAAAGUCAAGACUUUCAGGGAGUUUACCCAGAAGAUCAUCCAGGUUCACAAGCUGCCAGAAAAUGCUGUAGGUGCAAUGGACGAGCUGUGUCUCUUUGUGGAUUUGAGGUUAGUCCAGGACAAGUCUCGGCGCUCAGAGGCCCUGGAGCUCACUGGGUCUUUACCUCUCGUCACUGUGUACCUGACAAUGCUGGUAGAUGGUACCAUGCUGCCGUCUCUGGUGCUUGUGAACAGGCAGCUGGCUGGUAAAAUCCUGCCGCAGUUCAUCCUGCUGGAGGCCCGGCCAGAGAGUCUCUUAGUAGAAGAAGCCUUGGAUCUGUGGACUAACAAGGUCUGGCUAAAGCAUGUGUGCGGUCUUGCUCAGCCCAGUAAAUCAAUGCUGAUCUCAGACCGACACCGGGAGCACAUGGGGGAUCAGUUCCUUACCUCCAUCAGUGGGUCCGGUACUCUCCCAGCAGUGAUUCCAGGAGGUUGCUCCUUCUGUCUUCAGCCUCUGGAGGUUUGUGUGAAGCCGGUUCUGCAGCGUUUCAUUCUGUUGCGUUGGGCAAAGUUCACCGCCGGAAACCCGAAGCAGCUGGAGGAGACGUCACCUCACCGGCUACAAGCAAAUGUGGCCCAGCUGCUGUUUGACUGGGUGGUCGAGGCCCUGACACAUUUAAACAAACUCCCGCAGCUUCUGAAGACGUCAUUUAGACUGACGGGUCUUCUUCUGAAAGAGGAGGUGGAGAAGGAGGAGGAGGGGACAACAAGUGCGAAACCAGAGGAGAUCCAGUUGGACCUCCUCAGGACCCUGACGGAGACUCUGCUGGGUGCUGAAGCUCUGGAAACCAGUUCUCCUGAUCUGCUGGAGCUUGAAGACGAAGAGGAACAAGAGGGAGGUCUAGGACCGGAGACAUCAGAGGAGAAACAGGAGGUGAAGGAAGAAACAGAGAAGGAGGUGAAAGAGGACAAGAAGGAGGAGUGUAGGCAAGAGGACCUGGAGAAGGACACAAAAGAGGAGGUGACAACAGUGGACGAGGACAGUGAGGAUGAAGGGAAAGAGACAGUGGAGGACAGAAAGGAGAUGAACAAGGAGAGACGAGAGACCAGGAUCGUGAUCGGAGAAGAAGUCGGGGACGAGUGGAAGAUAAAGAGCAGGACAGAAGGAGUAGAGGCUGAUAGAGAGGAGGAGGAGGACGGGAUGGACAAGAGCUGAGCAGAUGAUGAAGACCUGAACAAAGGUCUGUAAAGGACUGAGUGGACUCUGAGAACCACAGCUGUGGUGGUUCAGGCGUGGACAUGUUGGGGUGGAACAACAAGCAGCAACCGGCCCAGCUCAGCGUGACAGGCUGGGACACCUGUCAAUCAAAGGAAACCCCACCCACAAACACACCUGUCUUCAUGUGGACUCUGGUCUGCUACAGGUGUAUCACAGGAGUACAGACCAGGUGAACUGGACUACAGAAUCGGUCCCAGUGGAAGGUCGACAUGAAAGGAACUGCAGCUGAGCUGGUUGUUGCUUGAUUGGACGAUACUCGUGUCACAUUGACAGAAACCAGAGGCAGGAACACACCACAGAGUCCAAUUAUAAUCCUGAUCCAGUCUCUGACAUUUAUGAACUGUCGUGUUUCUGUUGUAGAUUUUUACGUAUGAAACAAACUGAAGACUAGCUGGAGUUAAAGACGUCAGUGUUUCUAAAGUAUUUUUAAGGUGUGGUGGUGUUUUCCUGCCUCAACCUUCGAGCUGAGGGAAUGUGAAAGCUCCGCCUCCAGAGCAGCCAAUCAGCCAAUCAGUUUCUACGUCCGUCUGUCUCUGACAGGAACAUGUUCAAACCUGCUGAGGGUUAUUCGAUGUUUCCCAUCAUGGCAUUUGAUGAGGAACCUGGUUAUUAAAGAGACUAACAGAGACCCUGUUACAGUCUCAGCUUCUCUGUGUGUCAGGAGUUUGAUUCCAGGUGUGAUGUCUGUUACCUGUCAGUAUCAGAUGACGACAGAGAAGAGCUCUGGAAGCUGACUGGCUGAUCUGGAACAUGUGGACGAUGCGGUGCUUAAUCCUGAUUUAAAGCUUCAUGUGACCUGGACCUGGACCUGGACCUGAUCCUCUUCCUGUUUUUAUUUCCUUCCAGCUGAUGAUGAAGAUGAUGAAUUUGAUUUCAACAGAUUUUACAUUUCGUUGUUUUGGUGCUGAUGUACAGAAAAUUUAGAUUCUGUUCCUCAGAAUAAAAUAAAAUAACAAACA